AUCGGUUUGAAUUAAACGAUUAAACCCUAGUUUAAAAUUCUGAAACAAGGUUCUGAAAUUUCCCGACAGCGACUCAACUUUGGUUUCUUGUCAAUCCAUCGCUUCACGACGGCGACCAUCGAUUCAUCUCUAUAAACCAUAGAAUCCAGAGAACAGUACCAUGGAUGAUGAUAUACAAGCCAAAGCUCUAGAGGAGAAGCUGAAGAGUCAGCUUCGUCUUCUUGAGCUUGAACAUGCAGUCUUCGAGAGAAUGGUUUACAAGAACAAGAACCAGCAUCGUAGAUGCUCCUACUUUCAGUACCUUCUCAAGGUGAGAAGGGAUUUGAGGCUAUUGAGAACAGCAAACAUGGUGGAGAUUCUUAGACCUUGCUUUCAUGUUAUCGCUGGGACAGGAACUAAACAGAAACUCCAUGUUUUGGAGAGCUUAAAGUUGAAGAAAUCUCCAAGUAUCUUGGACCGACUUCGUGGAGCUCUUCAUCUACUCUCACAGAUGACUGAACCCAUCUUGAAGGCAGCUAGUGGCAUAUCCGUUUUGCUAGCAUGUUCAUUUUUCAUAGGAUCUUCCAUGACAUUUUUGGCGCUGCUUGCUCGUCUCCGAGUGUUGAUUCAACAAAUACUACUUGAUGCGGUUUCAGUUUUCAACUCGGUAACCUCUACAUCCUUGAAGAAACAGUCUGUGAAGAUAGCUCAGGAUGGGAUUGAGGUGUUCCGAGAGUUUUAUCCAAAGGAUGAAGAGUGCUUCACUUUGUUGGACUGUGUAUGGAAGACUGAUAAAUACGUCCUACUUGAGACAUUGCAGAACUGUGAGAGUAGUAAACCUUUAGAGGAGAAUGUUUCACAAGACGCUACUACUAGAGAUUCGUUGGUACAGUAUCAAACAUCUGUUUCUUCUCUGGGAGAAGAUCUCUCUCCUUUGCCUGAAGCUGACAACGGUGGAGUUACUGUGACAGAAAAUUCAACUCCCAUUGUUGAAACAGAUUCUUCCAAGACUAACAAUGCGUUGCAACCAGAAGUUUUAGAAAACUCAGGAGAUGCUACCACUAGGGAUUGUUCAAUUCAGUACCAAACAUAUGUUUCUCCUCUCGGAGAAGAUCUCUCUCCUUUGCCUGAAGCUGACAGCGGAGGUGUUACUGUGACAGAAAGUUCGACUCCCACUGCUGAAACAGCUUCUUCCAAGACUAACAAUGCGUUGCAACCAGAAGUUUCAGAUAAGCCAGAUGAUGCUACAACUAGAGACUGUUCAGUUCAGUAUGAAACAUUUGUUUCUCCUCUUGGCGAAAAUAUGUCUCCUCCUCUGCCUGAAGCAGACGAAGACGUUGGUGGUACUGUUACAGAGAGUUCAACUCCCAUUGCAAAGGCAGAACCAGAAGAUUUAAAUAAACCAGAUGAUGAAUCUACAAAGCCACCGAGUCCAGCAAAGAUCAACACAAACACAACCAAACCGAGUUGCAGAGCAACAAAGGUGGCUUUCCUACCUGUGAAAAGACCUUUCGCCGCAAUAACACCAAACCCCAUAGAAGAACCUCCAAGAAAGAAACAAGAAACAGGCGAGAAAGACAAGAAGGAAGCAGAAGAAGAAGAUGGAUUUUAUAACCUACUCAUCCGGGGAACUCAUAAAGACAGUUUGUUCUAGCACAACAUUUCUUUAAAAUAAACUCAGGAACAUAAUAUGCGCAGUUCCUCAAGC